AUUUGAAAGGUCGUCAAGAUUUGUUGGUCGGUCGGUCGGACGCCCUGUUGAAAUUUGUUUUUUUUUUUCGUUUGUCUCGCUCAUUUUUGUUUUUCUGAAUGACAUUGGGUCUCAAUUGAAAGUUAUGAGGAGACAGUGUCCCGCCUGACAUUGAGUUAUUAUGACAUAAUAAUAAAAAUAUACACAAAAACAACAACAACAACAACAACAACGACAAGAGACUUUUUUUAUUGAAAGUUAUUGAUAAAUUACUUAAAACCCAAAAAGAAAACGAAAGAAGGCAAUGCCAGAAUCGUGAAAGUGACGAAAAUUGUGUGUUUCUUUCGAAGAUGACCUUAAAAGAGCGCGUGUUGAAUAAAAUCUCCAUUAGAUAAAUAAAUAUCUAUGACGCAUAAAUUACUAGACCAUUCAAAAAAAAAACGAAAAAGAACAAUUGGCGAAUAUCGAAUUAACUGUAAAAAUGGGCUGUGGUUGCUUCAGUUUGCUGGCAUCAUGUUUGAAACGCUUGAAGCCAUGUCACAAGGACCAUAAACAAACUAUAAAAAUGGGUACCAAUGCGGAGUGUCUUAGUGUACCCAUAAAGGAAGGCAACGAUGCCGAGCAUGUGCUGUAUCGCGUUAAACGUGGUUCCACCGUGCAUGUUCAUCCCGAUGCUGGUCUGUUGGGGCGUGAAAUUGUUCUCUACACCAAUUAUCCCAUGGAGGGCAAGAAAUUCAAGCGCACCGAAUAUCGAAUCUUAUAUUGGUAUUUGAAAAAUGGUACCAAAAUCACAACCAAUAAAUACAACUCAGCCCAUGUGGUCGAUACGGACAUCUAUACGGAAGUGAAAAUGACAAUGUCGGGAACAUUCCGUUUUUGGUUCCACUACAAGGAUUGUCCCAAACAAUUGCCGGCUGGAUCGCUUUACAUUCAAGUGGAACCCAUCUUGCAUGUUGGCCCCAUUGGAGCCCAAAAAGUCAUACCACUGGAUUCUGUACGUUGUCAAACGGUGUUAUCGAAACUGUUGGGUCCCAUCAACACCUGGGAACAGAAACUGCGUGUCACCAAAGAAUCUGGCUAUAAUAUGAUACAUUUUACCCCAAUACAAGAAUUGGGUGCCUCGAAAUCGGCCUAUUCGUUGCGCAAUCAGAAUCGUGUAAAUCCUCACUUUGCCCCGUCGAAGGGUGUCAAGGUGACAUUCGAUGAUGUGGAGAAAAUCGUCAAGAAAUGUCGCCAAGAAUGGGGGGUUGCCUCCAUUUGUGAUAUUGUUUUGAAUCACACAGCCAACGAAUCGGAAUGGCUAUUGGAAUACCCCGAUGCCACAUAUUCCUGUGCUACAUGUCCCUAUUUGAGGCCUGCUUUCUUACUCGAUGCCGUGUUGGCCAAGUGUGGUGAGGAUAUUGCCAAUGGUUUGCUCGACAGUGUUGGAGUCCCAAAAAUGAUUGAAUGGGAGGGGCAUUUGGAAUCUUUGAGUUUCCAACUGCACACCGUGUAUCUGCCCAAGGUUAAUAUCCACGAAUUGUACCAGUGUAAUGUGAUGAAGUAUACCAACGAAUUUAUUACGCUAUGUCGUCAACGGGAGCCACCCACCAAUGUCGCCAAGACGGAACGUUUUGGCGAAAUUAAACUGAUCACAGAUCCCGAAUAUCGUCGUUUCGGAGCCACCAUCGAUUUGGAAUUGGCCAUGGAUAUUUUCAAUGCUUUCCAUCCGGAUUGCUUUGAUGAAGAGGCUCGUCUGCGUAAAUGUGCCGAUACCUUCCGACGCCAUCUGGAAUGGUUGAACGAGGAGGUACGAUCCGAAAUACAAGAUUAUCUCAACUACGCUGUGGGCAAUUGUCUGGCCGGAAUACGUUAUGAACGUGUACAGGAGGACGGACCCAGGAUUCGAGAAAUAUCCGAAAAACAUAAGGUGUUCAUGGAAUACUUCACCAAAACCAAGGCCCUGGGAAAAUCGUUGCAAGAAAUCGAGCAGGGUAUGUACGGAAAAAUGGGCGAAUUCUUUAUGGCCCACAAUGGCUGGGUCAUGGGUGCCAGUGAUCCGCUAAAAGAUUUUGCCGAAAAGCAGCCCGGCCAUGCCAAUGUCUAUUUGAAACGCGAACUCAUUGCCUGGGGAGACAGUGUAAAACUGCGCUAUGGUCGCAGGCCUCAAGAUAGUCCCCACCUCUGGAGUCACAUGACCGAAUAUGUCCAGACCACGGCCCGUAUAUUUGAUGGUGUACGUUUGGAUAACUGCCAUUCGACACCGUUGCAUGUGGCCGAAUACCUCUUGGAUGCUGCCCGUGAAGUAAAUCCGGAUUUGUAUGUUGUGGCGGAACUUUUCACGAACUCCGACGGCACGGAUAAUGUCUUUGUCAAUCGUUUGGGCAUAACUUCGUUGAUACGAGAAGCUCUAUCGGCCUGGGAUUCCCAUGAAGAGGGACGCCUGGUGUAUCGUUAUGGUGGUGAACCGGUCGGAGCAUUCUUUGUCAAUCCCAAACGAGAUUUGGCACCCAGUAUUGCGCAUGCUCUGUUCAUGGAUCAGACCCAUGACAAUCCUUCGCCGGUCGAAAAGCGUUCGGUAUACGAUUUGUUGCCAUCGGCUGCUUUGGUAUCAAUGGCUUGCUGUGCCACCGGCAGUAAUCGUGGAUAUGACGAAUUGGUGCCACAUCAUAUCCACGUCGUCGACGAGGAACGUACGUACCAGGAAUGGGAGAAAGGUGUCAGUUUCACCAGUGGCAUUGUGGCGGCCAAGCGGGCCCUAAACAUUCUACACGGUCAAUUGGCCGAAGAGGGUUUCAAUCAGGUUUUUGUCGAUCAAAUGGAUCCAAAUAUUGUAGCCAUUACCCGUCAUUCGCCGAAGACCCAUCAAAGUGUCAUCCUGGUGGCUCACACUUCAUUCGGUUAUCCUCACCCGAAUGCUGGGCCCACUUUCGUGAGACCGCUACGAUUUGAGGGACACUUGGAAGAGAUUAUUUUGGAGGCAGAGUUACAUAUGAAAGGUGAUAAACCAUUCGAUCGUCCAGUGCCUUUUAAAAAGGAUGCCAAGGUUGUGAAUGGCUAUCAACAGUUCCAGCUAAAGUUGCGCGAACAUAUUCCAUUGGAGAAGUCGCAAAUUUUCCGACCCCAUCCCGCCUAUGAUGGUAACGUAACACAAUUGGAAUUGAUUAAUUUACGUCCUGGUUCAGUGGUGGCCAUACGCGCCUCAUUGAAACCGGAGAUUGGCAAGAAUUUCGUUAAUCUGCAAACAAUAACCGAAUCCUUGCAUCACAAAAAGGGUUCCCAUUAUGAGGAUCUUGUAAAGGUCGUGGACAAACUUGAUUUUACCGAUCUCAAUCGGGCAUUGUUCUCUUGCGAUCAAGAGGAGCGUGAUUUGGGCUUUGGAGGAGCUGCCUAUGAUAUACCCGACUAUGGUCAGGUGGUGUAUUGUGGCCUGCAAGGUUUUGUGUCUCUGCUAACGGAAAUCUCGCCCAAAAAUGAUCUCGGUCAUCCAUUGUGUAACAACUUGCGUGAUGGUGAUUGGAUGAUGGAUUACAUUGCUGAUCGUUUGCAGCAUCAUGAUGGAACAAAGGGCCUCUCGAAGUGGCUGAAGUCUGCAUUUGACCCGCUGAAGAAGAUACCACGCUACUUGAUUCCCUGCUACUUUGAUGCCAUUGUCAGUGGGGUCUAUGAGGUGUUGGUGAAGAGAGUCUAUCAAUUAAUGCCCGACUCGGUACGUGAUGGCCAUGACUUCCCACAGGCCUUGGCCUUGGCCACAUUGCAAUUCUUGACCGUGUGUAAGUCUGCCAAUUUACCACCCCUCAGCCCAUCACUGGCUGCCCCAAAACCGCCUCAGCAAUGUGUAACACUAUCCGCGGGCUUGCCCCACUUCUCCACCGGCUACAUGCGUUGCUGGGGUCGUGAUACCUUUAUUUCCCUUCGUGGUCUCCUCCUGUUGACUGGUCGCUUCACCGAGGCUCGUUUCAUCAUACUUGGCUUUGCCCAAUGUUUACGCCAUGGCUUGAUUCCCAAUCUGUUGGAUAAUGGUACCAAACCCAGAUACAACUGCCGUGAUGCUGUCUGGUGGUGGAUGCACAGCAUUAAACAAUACAUCGAUCAUGUGCCACAUGGCAAGGAUAUUCUACAGGAUAAGGUGUCACGCAUUUUCCCAUAUGAUGACUCGGAACCACAUCCGGCUGGAAAAUUCGAUCAGGUGCUGAUCGAUGUUAUGCAUGAGGCUCUGAAGGUCCACUUCCAGGGUCUGCAGUAUCGUGAACGUAAUGCUGGCUACGAAAUUGAUGCCCAUAUGACCGACAAUGGCUUUAAUAAUCAAAUUGGCAUUAAUCCUGAAACUGGUUUUGUUUUCGGUGGCAAUCAAUGGAAUUGCGGAACAUGGAUGGAUAAAAUGGGUUCAUCGGAAAAGGCCGGUAAUCGUGGUCGGCCAAAUACUCCACGUGAUGGUUCAGCGGUGGAAUUGGUCGGAUUGCAGUAUGCUGUGUUGAGGUUCAUGCAAUCCCUGUCAGAGAAGGGCAUCAUUGAAUAUGAUUCGGUUACCCGUAAGGGUCCCAAUGGUCAAACCACCACAUGGACCUGGAAGGAGUGGGCAAAUCGCAUUGCUGAGAACUUUGAGAAAUUCUUCUUUGUGACCGAAACCGAAAAGGCACCCUUGGCCAAUAAGAAAAACAUCUACAAGGAUUGCUAUGGUGCCUCGCAGCGCUGGACCGACUAUCAGCUGAGAUGUAAUUUCCCCAUAACCAUGGUUGUGGCACCGGAAAUAUUUAAUCCACAACAUGCCUGGGUUGCUUUAGAAAAGGCCAGAGAACAUUUAUUGGGACCUCUGGGUAUGAAAACAUUGGAUUCAAGCGACUGGAACUACCGUGGCAACUAUGACAACUCUAAUGAUUCCUCCGACUGUACAGUGGCCCAUGGUGCCAAUUAUCACCAGGGUCCCGAGUGGGUAUGGCCCAUUGGUUAUUAUCUGAGAGCACGUUUGAUAUUUGGUAAAAAGUGUGGUCAUUUAAAUGAAACUAUUGCCGAAACAUGGAAAAUUUUGAGGGCUCACUUGCAAGAGAUACAAACUUCCCACUGGCGUGGCUUGCCGGAACUAACAAAUGAAAAUGGCGCCUAUUGCCGGGAUUCAUGUCGUACACAAGCCUGGAGUAUUGCUGCCGUAAUGGAGGUCCUCCAUGAUCUUCACAGUUUGGGCGGCGAUGUCUAAUAUUUUUGAUUGUGAAUCUACUGCCAUCAUGCAUGGGAUUUAUCUAUAUUUUUGUAAUGUUUCUAAAGAAUAUAUAUCAAACCUAGAAUACCUCUGAUAAGCUGUCUCGCACUCAAAUCCUUUAUGAUCGAAAUUUUAAGUACAACUUUUUACAUCACGAAAUAUCAUACGAAUUAUUAACGUAUUCACGUAGUUGGUUGUUAAACGUUCCUCUCUUUUUCGUUCGUAAAAAAACGAAUAUAAAAACCUAUAAGUAGUUCAAAUUGUUA